UCCCACGAUCGCGGGGCGGGGUAGGGCACGGCGGAUCCGUCUCGCCUGCGUCCGCGUCUCCUACAACCAAGACUGGGCGCAAGUCCUUGAAGGCGCAGGGCUGCAAAUCAGACAAAAAGAAACCUUAGGGUGCCUGGAGUGCCGGCUGACGGGAAGUUUGGUUGGCUUUUUGUGCGUGGUCUUUAGGAUUUGCGGGUACAGGAAGCGAGAUGUCGAAGCCGCCACCCAAACCAGUCAAACCAGGGCAAGUUAAAGUCUUCAGAGCUCUGUAUACGUUUGAACCCCGAACUCCAGAUGAAUUGUACUUUGAAGAAGGUGAUAUUAUCUAUAUUACUGACAUGAGUGAUACCAAUUGGUGGAAAGGCACCUGCAAAGGCAGGACUGGGCUCAUUCCAAGCAACUAUGUGGCUGAACAGGCAGAAUCUAUUGACAAUCCAUUGCAUGAAGCUGCAAAAAGAGGCAACUUGAGCUGGUUGAGAGAGUGUUUGGACAACCAAGUUGGUGUUAAUGGCUUAGACAAAGCUGGAAGCACUGCCUUGUACUGGGCUUGCCAUGGGGGACACAAAGAUAUAGUGGAAGUGCUAUUUACUCAGCCAAAUAUUGAACUGAACCAGCAGAACAAGCUGGGGGACACAGCUUUGCAUGCUGCCGCCUGGAAGGGUUAUGCAGAUAUUGUCCAGUUGCUUCUGGCGAAAGGUGCUAGAACAGACUUAAGGAACAACGAGAAGAAGCUGGCCCUGGACAUGGCUACUAAUGCUGCCUGUGCAUCUCUUCUUAAAAAGAAACAAGGAACAGAUGCGGUUCGGACAUUAAGCAAUGCCGAGGACUAUCUUGAUGAUGAAGACUCAGAUUAAUUCCCUUCCAGAGCUUUGAGACCUACAACUUCUGUUGCUUUUGCCUUUCCAAAAUCUUUUCUUUGCCAGAAGAGUGUUGGUAACUGUUAAAAAAAAGAAAAAAAGUAUAUAUGAACGUGGCAGUAUCUCACUGUUUGAGUAGAACAUGUAAAUGAGUAGUUCUCACCUUCGGUUUGCCAAUAAGUGACUGGAUACUUUGCUGUAUAAAGCACAUUUAUGUUCACCAGAGUAGACAAGAAGAGAUUAUUUCUAUUUAUCACAUUAAAGGAAUUCUAAGAAUUUUUUUCUUUUAAAAAAAAUCAGGAUUUUUGUUUUUUUUAGUUUGAAGUUCUUUACUUCAAGGAUUGAGAUAUAUUAAUGGAUUUUUCAAGGGGGAGAAAUGCUUAUUAUGAUAAUAAACAAAAAUACAAGAAAUUGUCAGCUAUUCUGACAAAAAUAAACAUUUUAAGAGACUUUA